AUGCUCAUGUCGUCCACACGGGACUUUGCCACCAUCAGCGAACGUACCAGUACAUACGAUGUAGUAGUCAUAGGAGGUGGUCAUGCUGGUACGGAAGCAUCCGCCGCCGCAGCUCGAUCAGGCGCACGAACGGCCCUGGUGACUCCGUCCUUGUCAAACUUGGGUGUCUGCUCCUGCAAUCCUUCAUUUGGUGGUAUUGGAAAGGGUACGAUGAUACGCGAGAUUGACGCAUUGGAUGGACUAUGCGGCCGUAUUGUCGACAAGGCAGGGGUUCACUUCAGAGUCCUCAACAGAAAAAAGGGCCCGGCUGUCUGGGGACCGAGGGCACAAAUUGAUCGAGAGAUCUACAAGAGAGAGAUGAAGGCGGAGAUACUGGCCACGCCGGGCUUGGGUGUCUUGGAGGGAAAGGUGGCGGACAUUGUGACUGCGCCAUCUGCGGAUGGCGCUAACCAGAGGAUCGUGGGCGUCAGGCUCGAAUCUGGUGACGUGCUCGAUUGCCAGAAAGUUGUCAUCACGACAGGCACUUUUCUUGGAGGAGAGAUUCAUAUCGGUCUGGAAGUGUUCCCCAGUGGACGGAUGGGCGAGGCAGCUACGUUUGGGCUCAGCAAAUCUUUGCGAGACGCAGGGUUCCAAUUGGGCAGACUGAAAACAGGCACCCCCCCUCGACUCGACAAAAAAACCAUAGACUUCUCCCGACUGGAUGUUCAGCCUGGCGAGGAUCCCCCUGUACCAUUCUCAUACCUCAAUGAUGCAGUCACCGUUCAAGAUCAACUCCAUUGUUACGGAACACAGACUAACACGGCGACUCACAAGAUCAUUCAAGACAACCUGGACCAGAGUAUCCAUAUACGAGAAACUGUUAAGGGACCCCGAUAUUGCCCAUCUCUUGAGUCAAAAGUCAUCCGGUUUGGGAACAGAGAUAGUCACAAGAUAUGGCUCGAGCCCGAAGGAUUUGAUACUGAUGUUAUAUAUCCCAAUGGUAUCUCUAUGACUGUACCUGCGGCUGCACAGGAUGCAAUGCUGCACACCAUAAUUGGCCUCGAAGACGUCAAGAUGCUACAACCAGGCUACGGGGUCGAGUACGACUAUGUUGAUCCUCGUAACCUUCGAUCAACCCUUGAGACAAAGUUGAUCUCCGGUCUUUACUUGGCCGGUCAAAUUAACGGUACUACCGGCUACGAAGAGGCGGCUUCUCAAGGCAUCAUUGCGGGCAUCAAUGCUGGCCUUGCAUCACAGGGCAAGGCUCAAAUGACCAUGGGCCGAGGCGAUGGCUACAUUGGAAUCAUGAUCGAUGACCUCAUUACUAAGGGCGUUAGUGAGCCUUACCGCAUGUUUACAUCUCGGAGCGAGUAUCGAAUGAGUGCUCGCGCUGAUAAUGCUGAUUUGCGGCUUACUGCUAAAGGACGGAUUGCCGGAGUCGUUGGCGAUGAACGAUGGGAUCAUUUCUCUACUCUCGCCGCGGAAAUGCAAGAAAUGCAGACAGUGCUUCAAAAUAUUCGUAUGAGCUCAUCUGCGUGGGCCGCGAAAGGGUUCCAAGUCCAUCAAAACGCAACAGCACGCUCAGCCUCUGAGCUCUUACGCGUCAAUGGGGUUACCGUCGAUUCUCUAGUACCGCACGUGCCUCAGAUUGCGUCUUAUUCUCCAAGUGUUCGGGCUCGUGUGGGUAUUGAAAGUGUGUAUGCGCCUUACGUCGAGCAGCAGAAGACAGCAAUCAGGGUUCUGGAGAGAGAUGAGCAGCUAAAGUUGCCAAUUGACUUGGAAUACUCGAAAAUACAUGGUCUUAGCACGGAAGAGCUACGCGCGCUCGAGAUUGCGAGGCCUGAGAGUGUGGGUUUGGCCAGAAGAUGUGAGGGAGUUACGCCUGCAGGCGCCUUGAGGCUGCUAGCUUUCGUCAGAGGAGUUAAAAAACAAGACCGACAAAGAGUAGUCUUUGAAGAGGUGCAAUUAAGGAAGCAACAACAUGCUGGCCUGUGA